AUGUAUUCCACCCACACCACCACCAUCUUUGCAGAGACAAUGCGAAUGCCUGUAGCUGCAAAAUUGGCGCGACAGCUAUAUCAUGAACGAAUUAUCGAAUUAAAACUUCGGAUUAAAUGGGAUAUUCAAAUUUUUAAAACCAUUGGUGCGAUUAGAAAGGUUGUGACUGAGAUUGACGAAAUUCGUACUGGGAAACUUGAUGGAAAAUUAAAAGAAAUAUUAAAAGAACGAGAAGAAUUAAGGAAGGAACUUCAGGAGGCAGGGCCUUCAAGUGUUGCAGUUGUACCACUUCCUCAGCAAGAAGUGAAGCAAUCUUCACAACAGAUUAUUCUUACUCAUGUUAAUGAAUCAGAGCCGGCGCAAGCAGUCUCGUCGAGUACUGCACAGCAGCAACAGCACCAGCGUGCCUUUAAUACUACUAUAAAGCAAGAGGCGUCUCCAUCAGCCUCUAUUCCGGGCUCUUCUAUCGAAAUCCAAGACGUGCAAUUAAAUCAAGCUAUUCCCCAAGUGAUAAAUAAAAUUACGGAUGUUAGCUCCGAUAAAAAUACUUCACUUAUUCAACUAGGACAAAUUAAGAAAGAAGGUAUAUCUGGAAAAAAUAUAGAAAAGCUCGAUAUUAUACCAACAGAAGCUGUAGCCUCAAAAAAUGAAGUGGAAAUAAAUUCCAGUACGGUCCUUUCAUCUACUGUUACUUCUGAAGAGGAUGGUCUAUCAGCUGCGGUAACUGUCAACAAUGAAAUUAGCGGUGGAAAAACUGCGAGUCUGAUAUCGAAAGAUACAAAAAAUUUGCAUAGUGAAUCUGGAAUCUCUACCACAGAUAUUUCAUAUCCAUCAUCUAUUUUAAUUGAAGUAGAUAGUGAGGCAGAUGAGACGGAAGAUAUCAAUAUGACUGCAGAACCUAGUGUCGGCAAAACUAUCGCACUCGGUGAAAUAACGUCUCAAGAAUUUUCGUUUAAUCGUGAAGCUCUUGAAACUAUCGAAGAAGAAUCACCGAUGCAAGAAGUCGAGCUUGUUGAUCGGAUUGACAAAAUGCAAAACUCUGUUUCAACAUCUCCUAUUGCAGUAGAUGAUAAUAAAUUUAAUGAGCAUGCUGAACAGAUAAUAUCAAUGGCAAUAGAUAGACAAAAUGACUCGGAGAUUUUAGAACUGGGAAAUCACCAUGCAGUCUCCAAAGAAGUUUCAAGAAGGCUGCAACUAGAAGAGGAUCUAAUUAAAAGCGAGCAAUUAGAGAAAGAUAAAAUUACAAAUGAAGUAAAUACUAAGCAAGAAGGAAUAUUUGUCGAUAAUCAAUCGUAUGAUGGGAAAGCUUUCGAUUUUAUGGAUAUAGAUAGUAGUCGGUCUAUUAACGUCAGACGCAGAUCUUCGCAUGACACAGCUAAACUGCAACAGAAAUCCAACGUUGAUAAAGAACUGCCGAGACAAGGAUUCGUCAAAAGACUUAUCAAAGAAUCACCAUCGUAUACUCCAUUAGCACCAUCAGAUUUCGAAACACCUCUUACUAUUAGCGGAGAUGCUGAAGAGGUCGAAAGAAUAGAUGAUAAUGCGAUGGAAAUUGAUCAAGCUGAGGAUUUCUUCAUUCAAGAUAGUUUCCCUAUCCAGGGAAAGGGAAAAGGAAAAGGAAUUGCUCAAGGGAAUAAUAGAUCAGAAAAUCAACAACCAUUCAGCGGUAUUGAUAUAGCAGAUACGACGUCAUCGAGCAGUUAUGAACAUCAACACAUUGAUUCAAUUGACGCAUCAAAAAUUUCAUUUAACAAGGAUGGGCGAAUAGCUGAAGAACUACCAGCUAUAUCAGACAUUAAUAUCACUACUCAACGUAUCUCUUCAGUUGAUGACAUAUUUCGAGAGCAAUCAUCUGUUAAAGAGGAGCCGAGUGACGAUGAUGAUGUUCAAAUGGUAGAUGUCUAUUCUGACGUGGAAGAUGCUUUUAAACAUGAAACAGAAAGGAGUGUACAAGACAAACAAGAAAAGGGAAUCUCACUAAUAGAAACCUUCACAAACAUAUCAAAGGAAAGUCCAACCGAAUCUAAGGAAAUAUCUAGUCCUAUUGAGCUCAGUGAAGUGAUGGGUAUCCCUGUUGAAAUAAAACAUGACUUAGGCCCUGCUGAAUCUAAAAAACAGGAUGAAAACUCCGUGAAAAUAAGAGACACAAUAAACUUUAUCGAUGCUCAAAAACAGAUUAUCAUUUCUGGAGAAUCCAAAGAACUUGAAGAUCUCACUGAAUCAAAUGAAGAAAUGAAAAUCGAAGAAAAGGAACAUGAAGUGGUUGCCGGAUCAAUUGAAUUGAUUAAUCCUCUUGAAUUAAAGCAAACUGUUAGUUCUACGGAAUCAAAAGAUAUAACUGAAAUAAAGGAGAAAAUAAUCAAUUCUGAAAAAUUAAAAGAACUUUCUAGUCCUAGAGAGGUGGUGAGCCCUACUUCUUCAUUCAAAGAUCCUAUAACUCCUAGCGUAAACGCUUCGACACCUUCUGCAGAUGCUGGAAUUACUCCACACUCCGUUAGCGAAAUUGCACAAACUCCUGGUGCAGACAUACCUGAGAGCGCUUCAGCAGAAAAAAGACAUAAAACAUGGCAACGCCUUGUGAAUAUGCUAUUACAAGAAUUUGCUAAUCACCGUUAUGCGGGCCUAUUCCAAAAUCCAAUUCGUGAAAUAGACGCUCCCGGUUAUUAUAACAUUGUAAAACAACCGAUGGAUUUAAAGACUAUUAAAAAACAUAUUCGGGAAGGGAUUAUUACUGAUACGGAUAAAUUUGAACGCGACGUGAUGUUAAUGUUCAUGAACGCAUUAGUAUUCAAUCGAGAAUCGACCGAUGUUCACAAAAUGACGGUUUCGAUGAGAGAUCAAGUAGAGAAAUUACUUAAAGAGUUUAAGCAAAGUGAAAACUCGCGUGGUGCGUAUGAGCCCACCACGAGAAGAAAAAGCAUGGCGUCUAUUGAUGGGGCACGGAAACGAAAAGGUUCCAAGCUCCAAGAAUGA